CUUUGAUAUACGUUGAUAGAUAGCUAGGGGUGAGGGAGAUAGAAAGCGAGAUGAGUUUGAGUUCACUAUUACAUUAUGCUUGGAGUGUGAUUCUAUUGGGAGAACAUAAUUAUGGAGGAUUGAAUGCUUCAAACAAUGAUUCCAAAGAAAAACAAAAAACAUCAUCAGGCUUUCAAAUGCCACUGCAUUACCCUCGUUACCAGAAGGUUGAUUAUGAGAAGAUGGAGGAGUGGAGACUGGAUUUGCUUCUUCAGCAAUAUGGUUUGCUAUUUGAUGGUUUGAGCUUGGAGGAGAAGAGGUGCUAUGCGAUGGGUACAUUCUUGUGGCCUUGUCAACUUUAGAUCCAUUCUUCUAAAAAGGUUACUUUAAAUGGGAUUUCAAGACUUUGAUGUUCUUGAUUCGCUCUAAAAAAUAGGCGUUGAAUGCCUAUAUGUGGUAUGUUUGAUGUAAGAUAAAUAAAUAAGUUAGUAUUUGAUGAUAUGGAACCCUCUAUGUACCUCGACAUAUGGAUAAUAUUAGGAUUGGUUGUUUAAA